UCGUGCAUCACACGGUGGAAAUACAUGCGGAAACUCAUGCGUGCUGUCGCACCAGCAGUCCAUGCAAUUUAAGGUCCUUGGUUGACACCUCGGGCAUGGUUAUAUGGCUUUUGGUCCUACGGGAAUCGCUGUCCUCACAUCGUUGUAUAUAUUGAAGGGGAGCUGGGAGAGGGAAAGAAGAGGAUGAUGCAGCGCGUCCUUUCCCAUCAUGUCCUGCGGCAGGUGUCAGCGAUGCGCGGGCGGUCAGUGCGCUUCUCCGGCUCUGAACGUCUGGGCCCGCUCUGCUGCUGCGUGCUCCUCUCGCCACGCCUAGCAGCGGGCUCUCACCGGCAGCUGUCUGUCUCCGUUGCGAGCCGUGCAGUGCAGCAUCCCAAACAACAGCCCAGCGAGGAAGAAGCUCAGCCUCCUCCACACACCCCGGCGCAGGCUCCUCAAGCGGUCGGCGCAGGUGAAGCCGGCUCCGCGGGCUCCGCGGGCUCCGCGGGCCCCACCCUGCCUGGAGAGGAAAGCCUGGAGAUAGACCCGCUGCAGGACAAGUCCAUAGGCCUGAUCCAGAGGUUCAAGAGGACGUUCAAACAGUACGGGAAGGUGAUGAUCCCGGUGCACCUGGUCACCUCCUCCAUCUGGCUUGGAACCUUCUACUACGCCGCUAUGAAGGGCGUGAAUGUCGUGCCCUUCCUGGAGUUGAUCGGUUUGCCUGAGUCAAUAGUCGGCCUUUUGAGAAAUUCUUCAAGUGGCUACGCCCUCACUGCAUAUGCCAUGUACAAAAUUGCGACCCCAGCUAGAUACACUGUGACCCUGGGCGGCACAUCGCUCUCGGUGCAGUACCUACGCAGACACGGCUACUUCUCCACACCGCCGCCCGUCAAAGACUACAUCCAGGACAAGAUGGAGGAGACCAAGGAGAAACUGUCUGAGAAGAUGGAGGUGACGAAGGAGAGGCUCUCAGAGAAGAUGGAGGAAACGAAGGAAAUGUUUUCCGGGAGGAUGGAAGAGACAAAAGAGCGACUCUCUGAAAAGAUGGAGGAGACCAAGGACAAGUUCUCUGAGAAACUGCAAGAGACCAAAGACAAAGUGUCAGAGGGCAAAACGUUUUUCAGGAAGAAAGUCGACUAGGGAAGGGUGAUGACUGACAUAUCUGAUAUAAGUAGAGCAAUGCAAGCAUCUCAAAAUUAUGAUUUUGGUUGGUCCGUUUAGCAAGAUAUGGCACUUCCCAGUCCUGUUCUGAAGAUAUUUGCACUACCGUUGUCCUCAAACGUUUCACCAACUGUCUGCUUGACUGUAAAUAGCAUCUCUAGUUGUCCUUGGCUGAACACGAAUCACCCUCUUAAGCUGAGGCUAGACAACAUCUAAUCACCUAAUGGUCAAUGUUAGCGCAGGGCUUACUGAAGAGUUGGUACUUGUGCAAGAGAUUUAGAAAUAAUAUACUUCUUUGGUCAAUAACUUGCAGUUUCAGUUGGAGAAAAGUUUUGGGUUGCUAUGCAUUCAAAAAUCAUGACGUUUUAUAACCUUUGUUACAAAACGGCAUCGGAAACGGCUAUGUGGAAAAUAUGAUUUAAGUGGGAGUCAAUAAAGCCUAAAAUGAAUGGUGUAAUUUAUGUGUACGAGUCCAUCAGAGCCUUUAAUAAGGCUGCACAUUUCCCUGUGUCUUUGUUUUUUAAAUAACUGAAAUUAAGUUUUCUAAUGUAUUUUUUAUCAGAUAGCCAAAGCUAAUAUAUUGCGUUGUGUUUGUAUCUGAUACAUGUAUUGAAAUGAAAAUGGUUCAUAAAAGAGUGGCAAGAGUUUUUCUUUUAAAGUGUUUUUCUAUGGGUAAGGUUGAAACAGUUAUUUGUCUUUCGAAUACUUGUAUAACCUUUUAGACACAUUGCAAACUGUUGAGCUAAAUGAUGAUGGCACCUCUUUUAAUUUGUCCUGAAAGUCUGUUUGCUGCCUGACUUGUCUUGUCUUGGAAAAAAUCAGAAUGUAUAGUUGUAAUGAGUCAAAUUGUACUGAUAGAAACGCAUUAAAAAUAUUAUUGCAAAUCUUA